UCUCGGUCACACUAGUUUCGACGGAAAUUUAUGAAAUUAAUUUAAUUUAGUUUAAUUAAUAUUUCACCGAGAGCGCGCGUCUCAAAACACGGCCAAAGUUAACAAUAAUCAAGAAAAAACAAGAAACAAAAGAACACCGUGAACUUAGCAGCCAACGCAAAAGCUCUUGUGUCAACACAUUGUUAGCCAACUUCUUUUUUUUUAUAUUGAUUAAAUUCAUUGUGAGUACACACACAUGCUCACGUACGUACAGACACGCGGAUAGAGAGGAAAAACAACAAAUUCUGGCUGGCGCGCAAAUACACACACAUAAAACAUAACAAUUGAUAAAUUGCCUAGACGCCAAAUGAGUCAAUCGUGAAACAAAUCGGUUUUAGAAGGUAUAAUAUAUAAGCGGUUUAAAAAGACUGCUUGCAUCGUUUAAACCGCAAUGUCUUGCUGCACUGGUGUAGAGAUGUCUGCUAAGGACUUAACGCUUCGUAAUGGCAGGAGUAGACUACCGCAGGAGCAGCUGCAGGAUCAGGUGGCGGCACCAUUGUUGCCACAAGUGCCGCAGGCGGAGCAACAGGACCUGAAUCCACAACAGGCUACGCCGCAAAAACAGGCCAUGUCCGCCGACGAAAGGAAGGCAACCAAAAAAUCGUUGGUCAUUGUGGCUGGCAUCUUUGUGGCCAGUUUGCUUACCAUGUGCUAUGUGUACGCCAUAUUUCCCGAACUCAAUGCGUCGGAAAAACAACAUUUGAAAAUUCCGCGUGAUAUCCAAGAUGCUAAAAUGCUGGCGAAGGUCCUCGAUCGGUACAAGGACAUGUACUACUUUGAAGUGAUGUUCGGCGUUGUGGUCGCCUACGUAUUCCUGCAAACAUUCGCCAUUCCCGGAUCGCUGUUUUUGUCGAUUCUGCUUGGAUUCCUGUACAAGUUCCCUAUUGCCCUUUUCCUCAUCUGUUUUUGCUCGGCGCUGGGCGCCACCCUGUGCUAUACACUUUCCAAUCUGGUUGGACGUCGCCUGAUUCGGCACUUCUGGCCAAAGAAGACCAGUGAAUGGUCAAAGCACGUGGAGGAAUACCGGGACAGCCUCUUUAACUAUAUGCUAUUCCUGCGGAUGACGCCCAUCCUGCCAAACUGGUUCAUCAAUUUGGCAUCACCGGUGAUUGGAGUGCCGCUGCACAUCUUUGCGUUGGGCACCUUUUGUGGCGUGGCACCGCCCUCCGUGAUUGCCAUUCAGGCGGGUAAGACGCUUCAGAAGAUGACGAGCUCGAGCGAGGCCUUCUCCUGGACCUCGAUGGGUGUCCUGAUGAUCUGCGCCUGUGCAUCUUUGCUGCCCGGCCUCCUUAAGAACAAGUUCAAGCACAAGAAGGAGGCGUAAGCUGGUUCGAUAUACACACACAUAUAUAUAUAUGCUAUUCCCCAAACUGAAACCAAAACAAACCCGAAAAAAUCAUUAAUUGUAAUUUAUAUGUACCACAGCCAAAACAAGAGGUAAACACACAAACCGCGUUUUUUCAAAGUAUUUCAACGCGGCUAAAAAAAAAGCUAUAUGAAAAGCCCGCCCCAGAGAAAUUUUCGGAAUGCCACAUCGGGUCUCGAUCCAUAUAUUUAAGUCUACAAAAAAAUCUGUGUUUAUCCUAUUAUUAAUUGAUUAAUUUUUUUAAACGUAUUCUUACCACAACAACUUUUGCAUCAUAUAUUUCCAUCAAUUGUUUUUAAGUUAGUGAAUUUUUUGUUUAGUGCUAUUGCAGUAUUUACUAGAAAAGUUCUCCUAUAAGUAAAACAAAUUAGCAGAAAUCCAUUGAAUAUUAUGCAAUGUAUGUAGGUUAAAACUGAAAAAAAGAAUGUAUGUGUCUGCAAGUAAAUGUUAAAAAAAGACAAAUUUAA